AUGCUUCGAACACUUAUCCUGAUACACAGUGUUAUGUAUAGCAUAUCUGACACAAUAUAUGGAACAAACUAUUAUCAAAUGUGCUACUUAAAAAUCAUAAAGAAGGAGGAGGGCAUUGAUGAGAAAUCCCAAACAUGUACUCAUUAUUCCGCAACCUAUGAAAAGAAGAAACCGGAAAAAGGGUGCCCUGUGAACUUUGAGAACCAGAACUACACAAUUAUCACAAGACAAUGCAAAGGACCCCAAUACAAUGCCACAGUCUGUUGUGGCGCCUUUAAGGAAUUAGCUUGCCCUUUCUCCGACCAGAUAAAUGACCUGAAGAAUGAUUGUGCUUCAACCUUGUUCAGCUACAUAAACCUCUAUGGGAAAUAUCCACCUGGACUGUUUUCCAGUCUGUGCCGUGAAGGCAAAGAUGGUCUUUCUUGCACAGAAACUUUGAAAACACAAGCCAAAGCUUCCACAGAAAAAAGUGCGGCUCCAGACAAAUAUAUUCAAUCCCCAGUGCUGAUGCUUACAUCUGCUCUCGUGAUUUUACAAUUUAAGUUGUUCUGA